CUCAAUUUAAAGCUCCAUCCCCCCAGUCACUGUUGACGGUAGCCUAAGAUCUUGUAGAUAGAUGCAACAGAACCGUGCAGCCCAACCCACAGUCUGACAGUCCCAGACGUUCCACUCCUUACUCCUUCUACCAAACAACCAUUCGUCACUCAUUUACACAACCAUCAACCAACCACCCACCCGCCCCCCCAUCUACAAGGACAAAACCCGCAGAAUAAUCCAAAAUGCAACUCUCCGCCCUCCUCCUCGCAACCGUCACCCUCCUCGCCUCCACCGUCUCGGCCCAGACCCGUCCCCACGGCAUCGACGUCGGCAACGAGGCCUGCGUGGGCUCCUGUGUCCGCGACCCCAAGUUGUUGACUUGUCCCAAGACCAAGUACCAACCCGAUCAAGGAUGCUAUGUAUGCUGCUGGGCGGAUGAUGACGCCGAUGCGUGGGCCGAUCACGUUCACGAUGACUUUGGGGAUUUUUGAUUCAGAUCGAAAGGGAUUGAGUUGGCUGGGGGUUGAUUCCGCCGAGCCUUUAGGGGCUCAGUUCAGUUCGACUGGUGUGGCUUUGCUGUGAUGUGAUGUGAGGUGAAACACGCCCGCGUCGGGUGGUGCCUUGGCUUGCUUUUCUGGGGUAUACGUUUACAGGCGCGAGAGCGAGUUGUAUGAUGGACUGUACUGUAUGUACGAACGGACUUGGUACUUGCGAGUCGGGUUUAUACUAUGAAGGUUGAUAUCCUCAAGCGGGAAGUUCUAUAUAAGGUCUAGUAGUCCGGUGUAAUGGAAUCUAUAAUCC